AUGCCGUCCAUGCUCCUCAAGUCCUUCACGUUAGUACUGGCUGCAUCCUUGGUGAGCCUCGGGCAUGCCGCACCGAACCCCGUGGAUACGGCAAGCGCAGCGGGGACCUCGGUUGAUGGGUACAGCAAUACCGUCUUCUUCUCCAACCGGGAUAUCUACAAGCAGAAAUACCAGCCGCAAGAUCUCCCGCUCUCCGAUAUCACCUACGUAUUCUACUCCUUUGUAGGCGUCCUGAGCAACGGUACGGUCGAAUCUAGCGUUUCCGUCGACCGUUAUGCCGAUCUGCAAAAAAAGUAUCUGCACUACGCCUGGGAGAGGUCGGGGACAAAUGCGUACGGCUGCGUCAAGGAGCUCUACCUGCUCAAGAAGCAUAAGCGAAUGACCAAGAUGAUACUGUCAGUUGGUGGCUGGGGCUCGUCCAGGAUCUUCCGGACCGUAGCGGCUACAAAACCUGGCCGGGACGUCUUUGCUAAGUCGGCUGUCGAAUUCAUAAAGGACUGGGGAUUCGACGGCAUUGACGUCGACUUCUCCGCAGAUAGCAGUCAACAUUCCCAAAUCGUAUAUUACAGAUUAUACCUCGAUAAUAUAGAUUAUAAUCGCAACAAACUACAAUAA